AUGGUGGAUGAAGAGCCUUCCAUCAACAUCCCCUCACUGCUCACGCUCGCAGUUGUCUCUUUCCUCGUUAUUCGGUGGUUUCUGAAUCGCGAUGGCAACAAUGCAGCCAAUGGCUCUGCCCGUUCACGGGGUCGCAUGAUUGAUCCGGCGCAAGUCGAGCAGAUCUCGCAAAUGUUUCCGCAGCUUAGUCGACGAGAUAUCAUGUGGGAUUUACAAAGAAAUGGGGGAAGUGUUGCGGCGACUACUGAGCGUAUCCUUACUGGACGAGGCUUGGAUACUCCUCCUCCGUCAUAUCAACCACAGAUCCCACAGCCUCAGAAUCCUACGACAACUGCUGCGCCUGCACCUGCCGCAAAGUCGGGAACACCGGACCUCAUCUCUCGCUACAAUCUUGCCAAUCGAGUCUCGGAAGAGCAGGAAGUCGCCACGAAACCAGAAAGUGGCUGGUCACAGAACAAGAGCGAGCGCCAACGAUUGCUGCAGAAGCGGAGGGAUGAUAUGAUUUUGGCAGCUCGCAGGAAACUCCAGCAAAAGGAUCGGGAAACAUCACAUGCGACUGGCCCUGCCUUUUAG